GCUACAUCCGGGCGACCCGUUAGGUUUACAAGCCCUGCAAAGAUGGCGACGUCAGGGAGGAGUGCAUUAUUAUCCUCCACCCUAGCUGGACCUAAGAGCACAGCGGAGAGCUCCAACCCGGAGGAGGAUGACGGACAGAAUCUAUGGUCCACCAUUUUGAGCGAAGUGUCAACCCAUUCAAGAUCAAAGCUGCCGUGUGGGAAAAACGUCCUGGUCAUGGGUGAGGUGGGCUCAGGGAAGACCACCUUGGUUGCAAAACUUCAGGGGGUUGAGGAGUACAUGAAAGGACGUGGUCUGGAAUAUCUCUACUUUAGUGUCCAUGAUGAUGACGUUGAUGACCACACCAGAUGCAACGCGUGGGUCUUAGAUGGCGACCUUUGCCAUAAAGGUCUGCAGGGAGUUGCCGUUCCGGUGGACUCCAUGGAUAACACUUUGCUGCUGAUAACGGUUGACAUGUCACGGCCGUGGAACGCCCUGGACUCUCUUCAGAAGUGGGCUGCUGUUGCUAGGGAACACAUCGACAAACUCAGAGUCGCCCCGGAAAAGCUGCGGGAGCUCGAGCACAAAAUUGUUAAACAGUUUCAGGAGUACACGGAGCCGGGUAGUGAAGAGGAUGUCACGCCACAGAGGAGGAGUGAAGAGGAGGAGAGCAUAUUACUACCAUUAGGGAACAACACACUGACACACAACUUGGGAAUUCCAGUGGUGGUGGUCUGCACCAAGUGUGAUGCCAUCAGUACGUUGGAGAAGGAGCAUGAUUACAGGGACGAACACUUGGACUUCAUCCAGUCCCACAUCAGACGUUUCUGUCUGCAGUACGGAGCCUCUUUGCUUUACACGUCAGUGAAGGAGAUGAAGAACCUGGACAUCCUUUACAAAUAUCUCGUCCACAAACUCUACGGCUUUCCCUUCCACUGUCCUGCUCAGGUGGUGGAAAAAGACGCAGUCUUCAUUCCGUCAGGCUGGGACAAUGAGAAAAAGAUCGCCAUACUUCACGAGAACUUCCAGACAAUAAAGGCAGAUAACAGCUAUGAAGAUGUAAUAAUCAAACCGCCUGUCAGAAAGAUUGUUCAUGAAAAAGAAAUUCAGGCAGAAGACGACCAGGUGUUUUUGGUAAAGCUGCAGUCGCUGCUUUCCAAACAGCCUGCUGUGACAGCAGGGCGACCAGUGGACACUACUAGCAGGGCACCCACAGGCUCCCCGAGGACGAGUAAUCGCUCUGCAGCAGCCAACGUAGCAAACGCCAUGCCGCAGUCAGGUAUUGGCACAUCCCUCCACCUCUGUCUGCCACACUGUCUCUGCUGGUUGUGUGCUGUUUCACUGCAGUCCCUUUAUGCUGCAGGUCAAACAAGUGAGGGUGUGCUGGCCAACUUCUUCAACAGUCUACUGACAAAGAAAGCAGGGACGGGGGGACCUGGGGCGCCAGGUGGUGGGAACAAUACUCCAGGAACUGUACGGAAGUCAGGUUCAAAGCUGGGCCUGAGCGACGUCCAGGCAGAGCUGGACCGCAUAUCCAGCCGGGAAACUGACUCAGACUUGUCCAAUGCCAACGACGCCCCUGCCACAGAUGGCCAGGACACAUGAAGAUCAACGCACUCCAUUCCUGCUCCUCUUCUCUCCCCACUCCUCUCCACCUCAGUGUCCACCUCCCUUUUUUCUCCCCCGCCACCUUUAACUUCCAUCCUAAAGAUGCUGGGUAAACAGAGGGGUGGACAUACAUUUAUACCUCAUUGUCUUUUCACUUUCCCCUUGAGAAGAACUCAACGUUUCUUACCCCCAUGCCUUCCUUCCUCCACCUACACCCCUUUAUUUUCCCUUUGCGGCUGUUACACCAAGGAGAAAUAUUUGUCACUGUUACAUGCAAGACUUUUGUUACAUGCUAGCACAUGUAAAAGGAUGAGGACCAUUGGAGAGAAUGGGAAGAGGCAAGAGGUGAACUGAAGAAAAAUGACUGCAAGAAUGAAAGUCAGGGUGUUUUAUCCAUCCAUUGACUGCGAUGGUACAGUUAGUGUUUAUACUGUAGAACGCAUGUUUGAAGAAACUGCACUUAGGUAAUAUAGGGAAGACUGUGCGUUUACUGUAUGAGGCAAGUCCUACUUGACUGGAGGAAGAGGCUGAAAACAAAAAAAAUAAAUAAAACUGAAACAAACAUGCAAAUAGUUUUUUUAAGAUGAAGGGAAAUUUUACCAGUAUUUGUGUGUGUGUGUGUGUGUGUGGGUGUGUGUGUGUGGUGCAAGAGUGUAGCAGGAGGGUUCAUUAGGGAAAGUUCCACCCAGAACCAUUUGAUGAGAUUUUAAGUGGGUUGCAUUACAACCAAAUGGCAACAAGCAUUACCAUAUUCAUACACUACAAAAGUGUGCACUCGCUAUUUAUUACACCAGCAGCAUUUGCUUGACUACACACCCAAAACGUUUCUGAAAUAUACAACAAAAAUUUGUUCAAGCAUUAAGGUUCAUCGUGGCGCCCUGUUCCGAUUGGACAGACUCCACGUUGUCGGGUUCAAACCUGUGCACCGAAAAGGGAAAGGUUAUUAGAGUGUGGGUGGGUAGCUGAGCUUUACUUGUACAGAAAAAAUAACAC